GUCCGUUUCCGUAGCAACGAGGUCAGCGGUUCCAAACAGAGCACGAGGCACGAGCUUUCAUCACCGCCGAAGAAAAAAUGGAGCCAGAUGACCCGGGUUUUGCUUCUAUUUUCACCAGAAAAUCCACAGAAAUCGAUCAUCAAGCAACUAAACCUGCUGCCGUCGGCGCUCACAUCUCUCAGAUCCCUGGACUGUCCUCCUCCAUCACCUCUAACGUCCCAGAGGAGAAGACCAGAGGACGCAGAGUGCGAGUCCUGGACUCAGACUCGGACUACGUGAAACUGGCCAAACAAGGAGGACACAAAGGACUUUUGUGUCACGACGAGACGAGUCCGUCUCCAACCGACGAUUACAAACGUCCAGACUGGUUCACGUCUUCAACAGAGGACGACGGCAAGACAAUAAGUGAAAAGAAGAAAAACCCUGGAGCUUUCCAAACACUGGAGCCUCCCUUUGGGACGGACAACAUGUCCACCUGGGAGCGCGAGGAGGACGACAACUGCAGCACUGAGAAGGAUCUGCAGAAUAACAACAACAACAACCUUCACCACAGUCCGACAGAGAAACCUCCGUCACUCAGCAAACAACAACACGCAACCGGCCAAUUCAGGAGGAUAGUGUUUGAUAAGAAACCAGCUCCAGUGGACAUGUCCAAGCUGCUGAGCUUUGGUUACGCAGACCACGACAAACCGACAGCCGACAGCGAUGCAUCAAAUUAGACGACACGGGAAAAAAACCCAAAGGCAACGGGAUUAUUUGCCUCUGAAAACAGUUCAUUUACUCUUUUUAUGCCACUUUACAUACUUUACUUGGUUUUAAUUAUGUUUAUUUAAUAAAUCAGAUGUUAUAUCUAAAAUGGAUCACAGACACAAAACUUUCAAAAGCACUUUCAAAAAAAAUAAAAUAGUUUCCUGUUUGUUUUUUGUUUGUUUGAUGUGGUACAAAAAAAUUGCAAUUUUUAGUAUGAAUUUUUAACAAAAACAAACAUUUUCUGCGACACAUAAAAAAUGUCAAAUAUCUGCCGCCACAAAUAUUUGAUUUUUCAUCUGUUUGUUCAUGAAGUUUGCUUCUCUGUGUGAUUUUUGAGCAACAAUGUUUUAGACUUUGCUGUGGACUUGUAUUUAUUGCAGGUGUAGAACAUUUAUUAAAGGAAUAGUUUGUUUUUUUUAAGUGCACUUGGAUCCAAAACCAGUGGGGACAUAAGGAAAAACAUGUACAAAAGGCUCAUCUAAUAAAAUAUGUGUCAUCUGAAUGUUA